ACAGCUGAAGGGCAGCGGCAGCCUGACGGCGGAGCAGGUGGAGAAGUCCCUGGACGGGAACCUGUGUCGCUGCACCGGCUACCGCCCCAUCCUGGACGCCUUCAAGUCGCUCGCCGUGGACGGGGCGCCGGAGCUCAAGGAGAAGCUCGCCGACAUCGAGGAAGCCUACAAAGGAAAGUGCAAGACGACAGGCAAAGCUUGUGGAGGAUGCAAGAAGGACAGCAAAGGAUGCAGCAAGAAGGCGCCCCAGGGCCUCCCCAAGGUCGAGAGGGCCCUCCACCUCUCCUUCGGCGACACCCACUGGUUCCGCCCCGUCACCCUCGACGGCCUGUACGGUGUCCUGAACGGCCUGGGGCGCACAGAUAAGGUCCGAAUCGUCGUUGGUAACACUGGAGCAGGCGUCUUCAAGAACGACGGGCCCUAUGCGGCCUACGUCAGCACGUCCGGCAUCAGGGAGCUGUACAGCACGCGGGUGGGCUCGCCGCUCGAGAUGGGCGCCAACGUGUCCCUGACGCGCGCCAUCGAGAUCUUCGAGCACAUGGCGGCCAGCGACCCCGACUUCCGCCACCUCAGGGCCCUCGCCGACCACUGGAAGGUCGUCGCCAACGUCGCCGUCAGGAACGCGGGCUGUUGGGCCGGAAACCUGAUGCUGAAGCACGCCCACAUCAGCUUCCAGUCCGACAUUUUCCUGACCCUGCUGAUGGCUGGCGCCGAACUGACCCUUGGCCACGCUCACGACGGCUCCACCUCGCACAUGGACCUCGAGCAGUUCCUCCAGACGGACAUGUCCCGGAGCAUCAUCCUCUCCGUCAGCCUCCCGCCCGCCAGCGCCAACACCAAGGUUCGCACGUUCAAGAUCACUCCGCGAGCAGUCAACGCCCACGCCUACGUGAACGCCUGCUUCAAGAUGGAGGUGGACCCCGACGACGGGUUCAAGGUCCUGAAGAAACCCACAAUUCUGUACGGCGGAAUCAACCCUCAGUUCAUCCACGCCUCUCAGACGGAGGAGUUCCUGACGGGGCGCCGCCUCACUGACUCGGAGACGGUGCUGGAAGCUGCCAAGCUCAUUGAGCAGGAGGUCAAGCCCGACAGCCACCCGCAGGACGCGUCGCCUGCCUACAGGACCUCGCUGGCCCAGAGCCUGCUCUUCAAGACGAUCGUAGGAUUCCUUGGCGACCGCGCCCCGGCGAGCAUUCGCAGUGCAGGACCCAACAUCGAGCGUCCGCUUUCCUCCGGCAAACAGACCUUCGACAUGAACAAAGAGUCCUGGCCCAUCGGCGAGCCUGUGCCCAAGCUGGAGUCCGCGGCGCAGAUUUCAGGCGAGGCCGUGUACCUGGACGACGUUCCCGCUCUGCCCAACGAGCUGCACGGCGCCUUUGUUCAGUCAACAGAGGCCAAUGCGCGCAUAAGUUCCAUUGACACGACUGAAGCUAUGAAACUGCCUGGAGUGGUGUCCUUCGUGAAGAAGGAGGACAUUCCAGGCAAAAACAGCUUUGUUGGUACUAUGGGACGUUUUCCAGACCCGGUGUUCGCAGAAGAGCGCACCAAGUACGCUGGCCAGCCCCUGGGCCUGGUGGUGGCCCGAGACCGCGACACGGCCGUGCGCGCUGCCAAGAUGGUGACGGUGCAGUACGAGGACGUCCAGAAACCUAUUCUCACGAUCAAGGAGGCCAUCAAGCAGAACAGGGUCAACGUUGCCACCGAUAUGAUUACGGGGGAGGAGGGGAUUUUGACCCUUGGCGACGCUGACGGGGCCCUGGCGGGGGCGACGCACACGCUGAGGGGUGAGCAGAGUCUGGGCACACAGUACCACCUCAACAUGGAGGCUCACGCCGCCCGGGUCAUCCCGACGGAGGACGGCUGCGACGUCUUCAGCACGUCGCAGUGGCCCAGCGAAACCCAGGCCACCACCGCGCAUGUGCUGGCCAUUCCGGCCAACAACAUCAACGUGUCGGUGAAACGCAUCGGCGGCGGCUACGGCUCCAAGAUCAGCCGCCAGCACGUGGUUUCUACGGCGGCUGCGGUGGCCGCGUGGAAACUGCGGCAGCCGGUGCGCGUGGUGGUCGACCUCAACUCCAACAUGACCUACUCUGGGUGGAGAGAACCCUAUUUUGCCCAGUAUGAAGUCGGGUUCGACGACUCCGGCAAAAUUACGGCGCUGAAGAUGGAGCUGACGACGGACGCGGGCCACGCGGCCAACGAGCCCUCCGUGAUGUUCCUGGGGGGUGCCGUCCAGAGCGCCUACUACAUCCCUAACCUGACGUUCACGCCCAAGAUCGUCACCACGGACACUGCCGCCAACACCUGGUGCAGGACGCCGG